AUGCUCGGUCUUGUUGUUGGUAGUCCUGAAGCAGGAUUAGGCCCUGCGCACAUACAUCCCGUACGGCAUACUGAUUUCUCGCUUAAGGCGCUUGUCGGGUUCUUUAUCCCGCAAGGUAUGCUAGAUCUUGUUGUUGGUAGUCCUGAAGCAGGAUUAGGCCCUGCGCACAUACAUCCCGUACGGCAUACUGAUUUCUCGCUCAAGGCGCUUGUCGGGUUCUUUAUCCCGCAAGGUAUGCUAGAUCUUGUUGUUGGUAGUCCUGAAGCAGGAUUAGGCCCUGCGCACAUACAUCCCGUACGGCAUACUGAUUUCUCGCUCAAGGCGCUUGUCGGGUUCUUUACCCCGUAA